CUGUGGGGCAGCGUGGCUGUGGGGCAGCAGGGCUGCAGAGCUGCAGGGCAGCGCGCUGUGCCAGCAGUGCCUUCCUGCAGGGAUGGAGGACAGGCCGAGUGGGCACACCAGGCUUUGAGCAGCGUGUCUGCUUGGUUUAGGGGACCAUUUCCCACAGACUACAGGGACGCAAUGAGGUAGUUGCUUUUUCCCAGUUUUGCCUUAGCUCAUUCCUUUCUGCCUGUGGGAAGAGCAAGCCAGUGUCAAAGUGCAGGCCUUGUAGUUGGAGGAAGAAACAAUAACACCAUUCUCUGUCUAAGUCCCUGGCUAUUUAACUUCAGAGCUUGACCUGCUUUGCUGGCAACAUGAUGUUUCUGUAGCAAACACAUUGAAAGGCUUGAUCUGGUCAUGUACCCACCAGCUCUUGAACUUGCUGAACUUGUUGAAAAGGAACACUGAGAGCAGAAAAUGAUCUAGAAACUCACAAUAACGCAUUCAUUUCUGAAAGCAGGUUCUUCUGCUGUAUGUGUGUCCCAGCCAGAGCCCAGCAGUGUGUGUGGUCAGUCACCUCAGUGGAGCCAGCAGAAAAGUAUGCCUAGGAUAAACUAAUAAAGGCGGAUGAGCUAAGAAGGAAAUGGGAGAGAGCAAGCAAAAAGGCUACAGACAGACAAACUUGGCAGUGCUGGCAGACAGGGAGGUGUGUGUUACUGUGGGCAUGCGUUGUGGGAAGAAGGCUGUGCCAGAAACCAGUGGAGUCCCAGAAGGCCUCUGCUACAGCUGGGCAUCAAGAUCCCUGGUACACUACGCCUCCUGCCUUGAGGCAUGUCUGCUUCGAUGGUUGGGAAGCAUUUGGGAUAGAGCCAGCGGCAUGGUGGCUGCUUGUCCAAGAGUGCAUCCUGUCCAUCUGACCUGCAGCCCUCCCACCCUGCUCUGCUGCAUGCUGCUUGGGGUUGGUGCUGCCAGGAUGCACAGGAACUUUCUCGCUGGAGACACAUUCUUUCCCCACUGGCUUUGUCUGGGCAGCCCCACAGUGUUCCGAAGCUUCUUCCUGCCCCAGAGCUCACAUCCGGCUUCCUUUGGCUGCUGGGGUGUGCUGGGGACUGGAUGCGGCCCCACAGCUGAGAACAGCUUCCAGGGAGCAUGCUCCCAGCUAAAGGGAAAAAUGUUCUUCUCAUUGUUUUGCCCUGUUCCCGGAAUAGCCCUGCAGUGAGCUAGGCACAGGCGGCUUACUGCAGGAUGCUGAUGGGCCAUAUCCUGGGCUGAGUGCUGGAGGUGGGCACUAUGCAGGUCAAACUCACAUUGCUAAAGAAAAUUAAAAUAACAAACUGCCUAACAGAAGUAUUUAUAGAAUCCCGCUCCUUAAUUUAAUCUCCUCUUUGAGUGUUUAUUUUUUUCAUUUUUAAGUUAAAAGGUGCAAUUGAAGAGAAACCAAACUUUGUUGACGCUCUUGCGGAGAAGUGCAGUGUAACUAAUCGUCUGUGUGAUUGCCCAGCUAGAGACUCCCCUCUGACCUUUGCAGAGUUCACAAAAACAUUUAUCCCAGUGUGCAACUGACUUCUGCUGCUCCAUAUCUGUUCCAGAUGCAUCCUCAGUGCCGCCUGCACAGCAGGCAGCUGCCCAGAGUGGCUGCCUGGUGUGGCGGAGGCUGGCCAUGCUGCAGUGGCCACAGCAGGUUUGCUUGCUGGGCAGGUGCUGUGCCUGCCAUCCCUGUCGGCUGCAGGCCCGGGGCAGAGGAAGGUGCUGGGCUCGCUGGGCAGGGGCAGCUUGGUGGCCCUUGCUGCAGCAGGUGCUGUGGCACAUUCCCCCACGGCAUCCACCACGGCUGGGCAGAGAGCCCCACGGCCAAGCAGAGAGCCCCACGGCCAGGAGGAUGGCCCCAUGGCCAGGCAGAGAGCCCCACAGCCAGGACAGCCCUGCGGACAACCCCAUGGCCAGGAGAACAGCCCCACAGCCAGGCAGAGAGCCCCACGGCCAGGCAGAGAUCCCUACGUCCGGGCAGAGAUCCCCACAGCCAGGCAGACAGCCCCACAGCCAGCGCUGCCGCCAUAGAGGGGCUUUGUGUGAGCCGGCACAAAGUGAGGAUUGAUGCUGUUUCCCCUCCCCCUGCCGUGCAAGCUGGGCUGCAAAUGGCUCCCACAAAGGUGCCCUUCUUCCUUCGCUGAGGACAGGGUGCCCGCGGGCUGAGGGGGAGGCAGCACACUGCGGGUUGGAGCACCCACCCACCCUCCUUCAGUGCUGGUGCCCCGGGCCCCCUCGUCCUCAGCCUUGCCCGGGCCGAGCUGGCAGCUGCUCGGGUUCCUGCAGGGCAGCUGGGCCUCCCUGCAGCGGGCCCCAGCGUGGUGAGAUGGGCCCCAGCAUGGUGAGAUGGGCCCCAGCGUGGUGAGAUGGGCCCCAGCGUGGUGAGACGGGCCCCAGCGUGGUGAGACGGGCCUGGGCAGUGCUCACACCAGGCACCUCAUCAGGGUGUGUGUGGUGGAGGCUGCAGACCGUGUGAGCAGAUCUGCUUCCCUGCAGCGCCGCUGCAGCUGUGUGGGAACCUGCUGUGUGUGUUCUUAACGUGCUGGGGAAUAUCAUCACCUUACCUGGAUUUCAGUUCAAAAUGGCCUAAGAGAAGCUUACGUCAGCAUUCAUUACCUCCCAGCUCCUCCCAAUACAUAGUAAGAAGUCACCACACUAUUGAGUGACUUGAAGUUUCAGAAAAUGUUCAUGAAGAACAGAUUGUAAGCGCUUUGUUAAAUUCAUGUUACGUUUCUUCCAUGCUGUAUGUUUGAGGUUCUGCAUUAUUUGCGAGGCCUCUGGAUGAGCUGUGGGGUGGCACAGGCGUUGGCACAGGGUCUGUCAUGGCUGUGCCAGUGCCUCCAGCAUUCCUGCAGCAGCAUCCUGUGCUCCUCGCCCACCCUGAGGACAGGGAGCCCGCUGGGAGAGGAGGGUGAGCCCCUGGGGCUCAGGCUGCACUCACCAUCAUGCUCCAAGGUUGGAGCUGCUUUGGGAGUGAAGAGGGUACGCUUUGUUCUGUGUGCUGGAUGCGUGUCCAGCACACUGGUGCUAAAGCAGAGCUCUCUCCUGUUUGGUUCAUCAGCAAUAGUGUUUGCGCAAUUACUGGUCACUAGCACCUCUUUUGGACUCCUCAAGUAGUCUAGCUGUUCGUGUGACAUUAUUAUUAUUUACUUAGGGUCCAGACUUGCUCUUUUUUAUUGCCUGCAGCACGAUGUUUGUUCAGACUUGGCAUUGUGAAGUGUAAACCCAGGUCCCACUGGCACCAGUACUCACCUCUGCCUUUCUAGAAGCAGAUCAGUCCAUGAUGCCUGAGGUGCGAGACCUCACCGAUGCCCUGCCCGACCUGCCGAUGGAUCCCAUCACGGGUGUUGGCGUGCUGGCGUCCCGCAGCCGCGCGCCCACUGGAUAUGACGUUGUUGCACAAACAGCAGAUGGCUUGGAUGCUGACCUGUGGAAAGAUGGCUUGUUUAAAUCCAAGGUCACUCGGUACCUGUGCUUCACCAGAUCAUUUUCGAAAGAAAACAGCCAUUUAGGCAAUGUCUUGGUCGACAUGAAGCUCAUUGAUAUCAAGGACACUUUACCUGUAGGCUUCAUGCCCAUCCAGGAGACCAUUGAUACACAAGAAGUAGCUUUCAGAAAGAAGAGGCUAUGCAUAAAAUUCAUCCCUCGAGAUUCCACAGAGGCAGCGAUCUGCGAUAUCCGAAUCCUGGGGAGAUCCAAGCAAGCCCCUCCGCAGUACACGUUCAUAGGGGAGCUGAACAGCAUGGGUAUCUGGUAUCGGAUGGGCAGAGUGCCACGCAACCACGACUCCGCACAGCCUGCAGCUCCUCCCGCCCAAGCACCAGCUUCAACGUCCGCUCCCAACCUGCCAAGGCACAUCUCGCUGACCCUGCCAGCCAGCUUCCGGGGAAAGGGCCACAGCACCCGCCUGGACCUGGAGCACCAGCACUCCAACCUGUACGCCAUCUCAGCAAUGGAUGGAGUGCCUUUCAUGAUUUCGGAGAAGUUUGCCUGUGCUCCUGAAGGGAUGCAGCCGGUUGAUCUCUUGGGUAUCACAAUCAAAACCCUUGCAGAAAUUGAAAAGGAGUACGACUACAGCUUCCGGACGGAGCAGAGCGCGGCCGCCCGCCUGCCGCCCAGCCCCACCCGCUGCCCGCCGGUCCCGCCGUCCUGAGGGCCCGGCCGGGGCGGCGGUGCGUGCCUACUACUGAGCAGGACACGGACACGGCGAUGGAACCACCCGGCAGGCUCCGUGUCCGGCCACCGCCGCCACCCUGCACACGCCGCUCCACCCGGGCACCGCGGCCCUGCCCCUGGCAGCUGCCCCCUGCCCGCUGCAGACCCCUCUCCACGUGAGUACGGACCGAGCACUGGGAGCCUGAGCAGCCCCUCGCUCAUCCCCACUUGGUAGCCCUGCUGCAGGACAGUCUCAGAAUCCAGAGCUGUAGCAAACCCCUGCAAACACGGCCAGGAGCUUGCGGAGCAUCGAGAAAUCCCUGAAAGGAGCAA